AUGAGGUGUGUUUCUACACCUUCCUUCUCUAUUCGGAUUAAUGGAAAAGCCUAUGGCAAUGUCAUUCCUUCUAGAGGUCUUCGCCAAGGUGAUCCAUUGUCUCCUUAUCUGUUUCUAAUAUGUGAUGAAGGUUUUACCUCGCUCCUUGCUAAAGCAGAACUAGAUGGGAAGUUGCAUGGAGUGGCAGUCUAUAGAAAUGCUCCUCGUAUAACUAAUUUGCUUUUUGCUGAUGACUCUUUGAUUUUUUGUCAGGCUAAUAAAGAUGAAGUGCAGGUUGUUUCAGAUACUCUACAGCUUUAUGCUGAUGCUUCUGGCCAAUGCAUUAACCUAGAGAAGUCUUCUGCUUACUUUAGCAGUAAUGUAUCUGUGGAGCAAAAAGCAUGGAUUAUUGAUAAACUAAAGGUGAAGGCCGUGGAAAGGUUUGAUUCUUAUUUGGGGCUGCCUACUUUGAUUGGACGGAGGAAAUAUGAUUCUUUUGCUUUCCUUAAGGAGCGAGUUUGGAAAAAGAUGCAAGGUUGGAAAGGGAAGUUGCUUUCUAGGGCGGGGAAAGAGAUUCUAAUAAAAGUAGUGGCUCAAUCUAUUCCCACCUAUACGAUGGGGGUGUUUCAAUUGCCUGGAAAAUUAUGUGAUGAGUUGGAUGCUAUGUGUGCCAGAUUUUGGUGGGGCCAAGUUGGUAAAGAGAGGAAAAUUCACUGGAAAAGCUGGAGCUUUUUAACACAGUCAAAGAAAGAGGGUGGGAUGGGCUUCCGAGAUAUUAGAUCCUUUAAUUUAGCUAUGCUAGCAAAGCAAGGAUGGCGGUUGUUGCAAGAUAAAAACUCUCUUUUGUACAAUUGUUUUAAGGCAAAAUAUUUUCCGCGGUGUGAGUUCCUUGAGGCGAAGGAUUGUCAAAAUAGCUCUUACGUUUGGAAGAGCUUGCUGGCUGCCCAACCGGUUUUGAGGAGAGGGUGUUAUUGGAGAGUAGGUAAUGGUGCUUCCAUCCAUGUUCUGAAGGACUGUUGGUUACCUAAUCAGCCAACUAGAAAAAUUUUGUUCCAACCCGAGGAGGAUAUUUGGGAGUGGAAGGUUUCAAACUUAAUAGAGUGGCAGACCCACCAGUGGGAUAGAGAACGGAUUCAGGCUUUAUUCCAUCAGUUUGAUGCUGAAACUAUUCUUCAGGUUCCUUUGAGCAGGCGGGUUGUGCAAGAUUCCUUGGUAUGGUUGUUUACAAAGAAGGCCAGCUAUAGUGUGAAGUCCGGGUACCAUGUCACUAAGCUAUUGAAGAUGGCAGAGAGUUCCUCAGGAGAGACUUCAGUGCAAAGAGCAAGCACUUCCUUAUGGUUACGGGUUUGGAAAGCAAGGGUCCCCAAUAAGAUAGCUAGUAGCUGGUCUCAUACCGAAGCUGUCAUUGGAGGAAUGGGAUUUAUUUUGGGUGAUUUGUUGGCAAAUUUGGCUACAGAGGAACACGUCCACAUCCCUGCAAGUCAAGCAUGGCAACCACCACAAGGAGAUUUCUUCAAGCUGAAUUUUGAUGGAGCCAGUUUUGAUAAUGGUGCGACUUCGGGAUAUGGUGUUGUUAUUCGCAAUAGGAAUGGUGAAGUUAUGGUUGCUGUAUCUGCCAAGGGUGGUGCUGUGAGGGAUAGUGAAGAAUUGGAGGUGAUGGCUUGUCGCAAAGCCUUGGAAUUUGCUAUAGACGCUGGUUUUAUGGAGGUGAUACUAGAAGGUUUUAGAUCCAUCUCAGCUAGCUGUGUUAGGCGUAGUGCCAAUGGUGUUGCUCAUGCUUUGGCAAAAUUUGCUAGGUUAUCUGAUAAUGAUAUUGUAUGGAUGGGGGAGGAUCCUCCCCCUGCUGUGGAUGCUCUGUAUUUGGAUUCUAGUCUUUUGAUUUAA